AUGGCAUGUCAUAGUAGGCAAUUCCCCGAGUCACAAGCCAAUUCCAUUCUCUUUCUGAUGUGGGAUGGUAUGGUAGUGCAUAUCAGCUCACUAGUGCAUCUUUCCAGCCACUCACAGGGAAACUGUACACAUACUUCAGCACCAAGGUACGCUCGCACCCAUCUCAUUCUCUUGCUGGCGAAGAUAGCUAACAGCCACCAGAAAACCUUCAUUGCGCUGCUGGGCAUUUUCAUGGUCAGCUCUUUGGUUUGUGCUUUGGCCAUUAGCUCGAAAAUGCUCAUUGUUGCACGGGCAUUGGCAGGCAUCGGAGCUUCAGGUAUCCAAAACGGUGCCUUGACAAUUAUUACGAGAUCUUUUUCCCCGGAGCAACAAGCACGUAUGCAUCAUAUCACCUUGACUCAUUUUUUUGCUCAGCUCGGCCUUGUCCUCGGGCCAUUGAUUGGAGGGGCGCUAACGGAGUAUGUAUCAUGGCGAUGGUGCUUCUACAUCAACCUUCCAAUCGGCGGCGUCAUUAUUCUUGUCUUGCUUUUCGUCACUAUCCCAGAACCGAAAGCUACGAAAGACCCUCUGCCAACCCUUCACAUCAUCCGAGAGAAAUUAGAUCUGAUCGGAUUUUCCAUUUUCGCACCGGCCAUCAUUCAGCUCCUUCUGGCACUCGAUUACGGCGGAAACCGAUAUCCUUGGAAUAGCGCGACAGUCAUUGGUCUGUUUUGCGGCUCAGGCGCCAUGUUCAUUCUGUUUCUGGGGUGGGAGUACCGCACCGGUAGAGAGGCCAUGUUCCCUCUCUACAUGGUCUCUCAGCGAAUAGUUUCUUGCUCCUGUCUCUUUAUGUUCUUCCUCGGCGGGAUGAAUGCCUGCGCAACAUAUUAUCUUCCUCUUUACUUUCAAGUGGUGAAAGGAGUGUCCGCGAUGAUGAGUGGUGUUUCUACACUCCCAAGCAUCAUCAGUCAGCUGAUUCUUGUCAUUUCCUCGGGGUUUUUAGUGAGGAAGGUGGGCUACUAUCUUCCAUUCAGUAUCGGUAGCGGGGGGUUAUUAUCACUUGGAAACGGAUUGCUAUCUCUUCUCUCAUUGUCGACACCAACAAGGACAUGGAUUGGAUACCAGAUCCUGAUCGGAGCUGGACGGGGUCUAGGUACCCAAGCGCCCCUCCUUGCGGUCCAAAACAUCCUCCCCAAAGCUGAAACCUCCAUCGCUCUUUCUCUCCUCCUUUUUAGCCAAACUCUGGGCCAGGCAGUUUUCCUCACCCUAGGCCAAGUCACCUUCAUCAACAGCUUGAAGUCCGGCCUGGCGGUAUACGCUUCGUCCGUGGAUUCCGGAGCAGUGAUUGCUGCUGGGGCUGGAGCGAUCCGGGGCAUAAUUUCGAAGGAUAAACUGGCAGGAGUGUUACUGGCAUAUACUCAGGGGAUAAAUCAUGUUUUUUAUUUGUCUGCUGCUAUAGGUGUUGGCUGUUUUUGUGCGGCAUGGGGAAUGGGGUGGAAGGAUAUAAGAAAGCGCCAGCCUACAGGGGAUGAGGAGAAGCGUAUUUAG